CCCCGUCCCCAAACUCUUCCUCCAUCCGCCGCCGCCACACGUUGCCUCUCCUUCUCCCCAUCCUCUGCCGCCACGCCUCUCGUCUCCUCAUCCCUGUCCUCCGACUUCACCUACCCACCUCCAACCGAUGAUGGUGGCCCGAGAUCCAUGGCGACGGUGGUUGCAGCGGCCCCAUGGAAGCGGCGGCCAACCCUAGCCACUGCGGCGCGCCUCUGCUGCUCACAAUAAAUGGCCAGGGCCAUGGAUCUGACCAGGGGCCUCCCUCCUGCGUCUCCUGGGCCGCGCAACUGCCUCGCCAUCCAGAGAUUUGGAGCAGCAAGUGUUGGACGAGCAGAGGACAGCGACCGUGACCCGCAGGAGGCCCAAGCUCGACCUCGCCGGCGACGACGAUUCCCCACACAAGAUCAACAGGAGCUCUCCGCCUCUCCAGAUCCAUGGACGGCGACAACCGAGACCCCACGCUCGAGCCUGACAAGCUGGGCGAGCUCGACGGCGAGGUCGUCCGCCCUGUCCACCAUGAUUUCCCAUAGAACAAGGUAAGAUUGGGAAGCUGGCUACUUGAUGCUGCCCAUCAAUCAGCCAUGACAUGAUGGUUGCCAUCAGGAGGGCCGAUAGCAAGAAUCUAAAUAACAACCUUGAUAGUUUGUAUGUUAUGUUGAUGUAACAUGAAUUGUACUAAUUCCUAACCGUGAUGUGUGAUAUAUUUUUUCAAUCUAUAUUGUAAGUUAUCAUUUUGUAAAGAAUUUUGUAAACUGCUACGUUGUAAAUACAUACAUAUGUGCAUA